GUCAGCACUUGCUCCGCUCCUCCCUCGCACUUAGUGGAGGGGAGGAAGAGAGGGAGAAAGUGACGUUAACGAUCACUCUAUGAGGCCUGCGCUUGCGCGGUCGCUCUCGCACACGUCUCCCUGCCUCGACUGAGUUCUCUUUCCCACCGGGAGGGGAGGGGAGGAUCGAAACGAUGACGUGUAGGGCCGCCUUUCCUUCUUCCUGUCUCUCCGCCUUCCCGCCAGCAGUGAGUGACUCUUAUCAGGGUUGAGCUGGGGAGCGUGCUCGUGCCCGCCCAGUAAAGCCACCCAGCUGGGCCGCUCAGCCACUCUCGGUCCCUCAGAGUGUCUUGGCUGCUGACGCGCGCGCUCGCAGUCUACCCAGGCAGCGGUUUGUGCGCGUGAGGCUGUCUAAUUCCGCCGGGCCCCGAAGACUCGUGGCGGCAGCAGCAGUGACGCCGCCAUUAUCACCCGCGCGCGGCAAGGAACCAUCUUCCUCUUCGCUUCACCCUUCCUCCCCCUCCCGCGGCGUUGUCUGGCCCCGCGCAGUAGCAGCUCCUCCUCCUUCUCCUCUUGCUGCUGUUGGAACAAAGGAAGGAAGCGGCGGCGGCUGCUGCAGCAGCAGCUCCGGGACUCCUUUCCCGCUACAGCCGGGAAAGCGGCGCCUUCCUCUUUCCUUCUUCGUUAUUCAACUUCACCCCCUUUCCCCCUGCAAGUAGAAGCCGAACGAGCAGUAUAGAGAUGGCUCAGGAGACCAACCAGACCCCAGGGCCCAUGCUGUGUAGCACAGGAUGUGGAUUUUAUGGGAAUCCUAGAACUAAUGGAAUGUGUUCAGUCUGCUAUAAAGAACAUCUUCAGCGACAACAGAACAGUGGACGAAUCAGCCCAAUGGGAUCAUCAAGUGGUUCCAACAGCCCUACCUCAGACUCUGCGUCUGUACAAAGAGCAGAAACUAGUUUAAACACCUGUGAAGGUGCUGCUGGCAGCACAUCUGACAAAUCAAGAAAUGUGCCUGUUGCCGCCUUGCCUGUAACACAGCAAAUGACAGAAAUGAGCAUUUCAAGAGAGGAAAAAGUAACUCCGAAAACAGAGACAACUGAGCCAGUUGUAACUCAACCCAGCCCUACAGUUGCUCAACCUAGUACAUCUCAGAAUGAAGAAAAAACACCUGAAAUGCCCAAACCAAAGAAGAACAGAUGUUUUAUGUGUAGAAAGAAGGUUGGCCUUACAGGGUUUGACUGCCGAUGUGGAAAUCUGUUUUGUGGACUUCAUCGUUAUUCUGACAAGCACAACUGCCCAUAUGAUUACAAAGCAGAAGCUGCAGCAAAAAUCAGGAAAGAGAAUCCAGUUGUUGUGGCUGAAAAAAUCCAGAGAAUAUAAACUAACCUACUUGGUGAAAAGACUGAUUUCCUUUCUUUUUAUUUUAAAAUAUCCUAGGAAGACAUUAAAGAGCAGAUGCAUGGCCAUUUUCCUUUGAUGUUCUCCCGAGUUUUACUUUAGUCUGUCUUAUUGAUUGAUAUUUUAGGAUGUUGUGGGUGUUACAGGCAGAAUUGGAUAGAUACAGCCCUUUAAGAUGUAUACAUGCCCUCCCCAAAAAUGAUUUGAGAGAGUAAGACCUGCACUGGAAAACUGACAUACACAGAGGACAGAGUUGGCUAGUUCACAUGUGCCAAACAGAUGCAUAAAAUCUGCAUGUUUGCAGCAGAUUUGCCUUUUGGGAAUGUAAUUGAGGUAUAUCAUCCUUGGAUAGUGCUACGUGCCUGUUUGAUUAAAUGUACACCAGGAAAAAUGAGUCUACUUUUACCAUAGUUAAACUUCGUCCUCUUUAAUUUUCCCAACUUGUAGUUUUGGAGCUGAGCUGCAGUUUAAGGUCACCUGCUAAACAAAAGCAAGAAACCUGAGCUGGAAGGGUGAAAUUCUUGGAACUGAUGAAAAUUGCUCAACUGUUAAACUGGUUUCCAAAGGAGAAAAUUUAAUUUCAGAACUUUAUGAACUAGCCUACAACAAAAACUUUGUCUGCUUUUUCUUGUGUGUAGCAAAGUUGUGUAUCGCAACACCAGAAGACUUUGUUUUAUAGUUUACAAACAAAAGGCUACAUAUUUUUUUUAUAAACUUAACUACAGCAGCUCUGUCAAGUAACAUGCAUCUGAUGAACCUAGGUUGCAAAUGUAUUCAAGCAUUUAAUUUUUCAUAUACAUUUUAUGUUGAAUGUGUUCUGGGUUCAAGAUAAUAGCUCUCUUAAUUUUUAUAGUUUUCAGAUAUAGUGAGAUUGCACCAUUUUGCAUGGAAAAAUCAUACCCAAUAUGGCUGCUGUAGACUAAGUGGUACCUGGAACCACUCUGAGGGCUGCUUUAUCAUUUUAAUAGUAUUUGGGUGUAGGACUGUAGUGUUCUUGGGUGUAUUGCAUGGGCUGCAUUAUCUACAGCAUUGUACAAUAACAACUCUAGAAAAGGCAGUAUACUUCACUGAUGCUUGUCUGGUAAUAUCACUUCUGUGUUAUAAUGGAAGGGUUUUUGUGAUGUAUGAAACUUGUGUUUUUUAUAUAAACAAAUACAGUUUAGACUAGUGUGGUGGUAAUGCCUGAUCUCAUCUGUAAAUAGUUGUGUAUACACAAGGCACUACUUCUGGCAUCGAUUGCAGUGUUCAGUCUUAGUUUCUUCAUUAAAAGCAUCAGGUUUUUGCUUUAAACUUUGUCCUUGGUUGAGUUAUUAGAUAUACAAAUGUGUACAGAUAGUUCAUAUUUAUGUACUGCACAUAAUCAUGCUACUCAGCAUCUAUGCGAUAUUGUAUUAUGUAAAUAAUAAAAUCAUGUACAGAGGGA